GACAAGUGGUUCUCGUUACGGUCGCGACUAGAGGGGAGCUGUUUGCUGCGCGCUAACCCGUCACUAUAAAACGUCCAAACGGGGCCAUCCACUGCAUUACUGCCUCCUCACGCCGCGACACCGGUGCACCAGUACCACACUCGCUGCACGAGAAAGCCAAGAUGACGUCCCGCUGCUGGGUCCGGGACCUACAGGCCGUAUCACUGAUCCUGCUGCUGGUGGCUGCAGCAGCUUCGGCAAUGGUCAUCAAGGAUGGGGACAGCGCCGAGGUCUCCACCGACGCCGAUAUCGACGCGACCAGCACCGAAACUUCUCCCGAGGCGUCCUCCGAGCCCCCGACACCCACCGGCAUUGAGCUGCUGAAGAAGAUCGGCUGGGCCUGUGGUCUUAUAAAGCCUGUCUCUAACGUUUCCCUGGAAACGGUCUUGGGCCGCUGGUACGUGCUGGAGAUAAUGUCCCCAAAUGUGGAUAAGGAGAAGGAGAAGGAGAAGCGGCGGGACGCGUGUGCGGGUGUGGACUUCUGGCGCUGGGAUAUCGAGGAGAACAACCUGAUGCCUGAAGUGGUGCCGCCACCUGCCGUGGGCCCCGAGCACCUGGUGAUGCGCGGCUUCAACCGGCACGUCAACGAGCACCACACCUCCAGCUACCGCGUCGACACGACCACCGUCGUUCAGGGCUCGGGCGGCGCCAUCUGGGAUCAGCCCGUACGUUCUGUGUCUGCGUGCACAGUCACAAUGGGUGCCUCAGUUGCCGUGGUGGACUUCACGCCCGACGCACGCUUCAUGACCGUCACCACGUGCGUACGGCCCACCGCCUCCGAGUGGACCUCAGUCUUAGGAAGGGAUCCCGCUUCAUCGGCAUUGCCCCGUGAGGAGCUCCACCAGCGGCUUGAGGCCGCCGGGCUCCGCUAUGUGGACAGCGCCAGGCUUCAGAACAACACCGAGUGUGUCUAUCCGUAGAGCUGCCAUUUGCUCUUACCCUCACCAAGAUGGCGGUGCCGUUGUAGGCACCCUGUGCCGCUUCCAGUCUAUCAAGCUCUACUGUACCCACCUAGAGCUGUGGGAUGAUCAUUCUUCCUGUGUACUGUAAGGAAAGGCCGCUAACUCUAACAGACUGUAUCGUUAAACAAAUACCUUCUUUGUACCCAUUUUUUGUCAUCUGAUGGGUAAAAUGUUGUAGCUGUAUUACAGUCUGAAAAGUUUCUGCACUCUUGCUUUGUUAUAAAUUUCCAAUAAAGCAUAUUUUUGGAGUGAGAAA